AUGCACCAACCGGAGACGCGAAAAUACCAUCUAUUUCCGAAGGAAAGGCAGCUUCCCGUUAUCAAGGCGUACGACCCCGAACAAGCCUGCUCGGCCGCCAUGAGUCAACCAGGAGACAAGCCUGACCGGGUUGAGGAGAAAGAAAAGAAAUCGAGUGGACUACGUAUGAGGAUCAAGGAGCACAAUCUCAUCCGCCGGCGGAAAGUGAGCCUUGCCGACCUCGGGCCCAUGACGACGGUGCAGGAGGUCCCCAUGGAUUCUCCAACCAUCCCAGGCCGACCCGCCUUGCAUGAACGGUCAAUCAGCUCGCCAGUCAAUACGUACCGCCAGCACAAUCUCGUCGAGUCUGUUUCAUGCGAGGAAGAUACGACAGAUGAGAGCAGCGGGAUGAGCACGACGAUAGUGGGUCCCGAUGAAACGCCCAAAGCCUACCACACCAUGGCACGACAACCACUUUCACCCAAGAGUCUGGCUCCUCUGGUGAUACCGGCUCAAAACUGCUCGAUGCAUCAACUGGCCCGGCAACUAUCCCUGAGCCGGUCUCGAUCCGGGAGCACGCCUACCGAAUCGGCUUUACGGUCCGCCAGGACGGACGAAUCUCCAUGGACCCGGACGCCCUACACUCCCUUUACGCCCUCGUCUUACAGUACGGCCCCUAACUCGGCACUAACGACAUCUACCCUUCCCACGCCCGUCUCGGCAUGUCCAGAAUCGCGCGACUUCCCCCGAUCGUGGGAGAACAUGUCCAACAUGUCUACCUUAACGCCGGUAACCACGCCACAGAUGAGCGGUAGCGAGUGCUCCUCAAUGUGCAGAGCCGAGGGCGACUUUACGUCACGCAGCGGGACUGCAAUGUCUCACAGGAGAAACGUCUCCGAGACCAGCAGUAUUAUGGAGCGUGGCCGACCAAGGAAACGUAGUGAUGGGACCCCCGUUGGUGCGACGGCCAAGAGGACUGGCUCCAAGCGAGAUGCCAGCGCCGAGCGUCGUGCUUUCGAAGUACUGCCUCAGGGGUUCAGGCCCACCGAGGCCGCCAAGAUGAUCGAUCAUAGCGAGCUCGACUAUUUGCAAAAACAAGCUCUCGGACAGGCUCUGAGAUUCGAGGUGCUGAAGAAAGAUGACGUGGAAAGUCUGUCCAAGGAACUUCGCCAUCUUGAUGAACGAACUGAGUAUCUGCGGCGCACUUACACCUCUCUGCGUGCUGGUCGUCGCAACCUUCAUUCGCGUAUUUGCCAGUAUCUUCGUUCACCUCGAACUGCUAGGUUCAGUCAUGAGUCCAUGCUCAAGCAGGAGGAGGCUCUGGCGGAGCUGGAUACCUCCAUUGACGACUGGGUGACCAAGCUGGAGGCUGCCGACAACCGCCGCACACGUGUUAGGCAAAAGCUUCUCGAACACGUCGCUGCUGCAGCCACCAUGGCCUGUUCUUCAGACAUCGGCCGCGUCAGCGAGACACUGCAACUGGCAAUGGGUGGAGCCCAACCGUCAACCGACGCCACGGAUAUUUCUACACCCCCUCGAAGCCCAAGCAAGACGCCAUCUCUGUAUGCUCAAUCCCCGUCCCCAUCUCCACACCGAUUCGUUCCCCGCGUUCCGUCUGUCAUUCCAGAGGCUCCUUGUGAGGAGGCUGCUACUGUCGGUCUGGGACUCGACGCUGGCGACUGCACACACCGCUCCACUCUGCAACAACGAAUGGAGAGUAUUCGCAUCUACGCCGAUAGCGAUGUGUAUGCUCUACUAGCUGAUGUCGAGAGCGAAUUCACCAAACUUAGCGGUAGCGGUCAAAGCCCCAUGAGUCCAGAGCCCGUCAAAGCCGAUCUGUCCGAAGAGAAGAUGAAGGAGCUGCAUCGUGCCCGCAGUCACGAAAUGCUUCACGGCUUCGUCUUCAAGCCGACGGACAAGACACUUACCGCCUGCCCGCCAGCUCCUCCGCCUCCCCUGAAGGAUUCACCCACCGGCGACGGUGAUAUUUUUCUCACCGCUGCCGUCUUCAACCCAGGGAACCCCGCCGCUGCCAAAGGCUAA